AUGAGAGAGUACCGGCAGCUGGGGCCGCGGGGAGUGCCUGGAGUGAAGAAGGACGGCAAAUGGUGGCGGCACGUCAUGACUGGCAAGGGGUACGUCCCGGAGCGACUGAGAGCGAAAGUGGUAUUCAACUUCCACUACGGCACCAGUGGGCACGCGGGAGUACUCAAGACGCGGAAGAGAGUAGCCAGCAUGUUCUACUGGCCCGGACUUGCGGAAGACGUAGCGAGAGUCGUAGGACCCAUGCAGCUAGAGAGGCAGAAUUGGUGGCUCCUAGUUGUAAUGGACCACGCGACGCGGUACAUGGGAACGUGGAUACCGAGCACGGUCACAGCUGCGCAGACGGCUCACAUCUUCUUGCAGGGCUGGGUGACACCGUUCGGUAUUCCUGCUCAGGCGCGAGCUUCAGGGGGGCGUUCCAUGAGAUGGUGGCUAGCGCGUUGGGCUGCGUCCAUCUGA